AUGGAAGAUGCAAGUUUUACAAAAAAGGAAAUUAAUAUAACUCUAGAAUUCGAUCGGUAUUUGUUACCAUCAACUAUGGAUGAUUCCAACUAUCAGCACAUGUCAUCAACAAUGGCUCUUAAUUUCAAACCCUACAAAUGUGAAAAAUGUGGAGAAAUCGUUAUUUUUCCGGUUGCUUCAUCCAAACCAACACCAAAGCCAAAUCAGUCUGCAAUAGAGUUAUUUGACUCCAAAUCAACAUCCAAGCCAAAUCUGUCUACAAUUGAAUUAAGUGACUACAAACCAACACCCAAGCCGAAUCAGUCUGCUAUUGAAUUAUGGGACUCUAUUCGGCCACACAAAUGUGGAAAAUGCGGAGUGAGUUAUAAGAGAAAGUCUAAUUUGAAGCUGCACAUAAGAACUAAUUGUUUCCAGAACAGAAGAUUUAAAUGUUCCUUGUGCUCAUAUCGUACAUGCAGAAAUGGAGACUUGAAAGUUCAUUACGAACAAAUGUAUUCUCACUAUUACCCAUUGGAGACGACCAACAUAAAUGGUCCUUCUCAAGGACCUUCUCAGGACAUAUUUAGUGAUGUGCGACCACAUAAGUGCAUCAAAUGUGGGGCCGCUUAUAGGCAUAAGACGAACUUGGCUGCACAUAUAAAAAAUAAUUAUCAGACGUUUGGCGAUGUUUUUCCUAUAAAAAUGGACCCGGAUAUGCAGCAUUUUAAUUCUACUUCAAAUUCAUUGAAUAAUUCACUUAAACCUUUCAUGUGUGGCGAAUGUGGAAAUGCUUAUAAAUAUAAAGGAGACUUAAGUGCACAUGUGCGCAAAUUGAAGUUCACUGCAUAUUUCUUGAAAGACAUUGAUUCUGGUGUGCAACAAUUGGAUUCGACUCCAAAUUCAUCAAAUAAAUCUCUUAAACCUUACAUGUGUGGAUUUGACUCCUACGACUUCGUGAAUGUUGAAAAGAAACCUUUUGAUCUUUUCGCCGAAAAUGCUUCAGAUGGUUCUCGUUUACUUAAACCUUUUAUGUGUGGCGAGUGUGGUGCUGGAUAUACAUACAAAACAGAUUUAAAUAGACAUUUAAAAACCAAAUGCAAUCAGAAUAAAGGAUUCGGUUGCCAGUUUUGCCCAUAUCGCAGUUACAGAAGAGCUAACGUUAAGCAGCACACCAUUAAGAUUCACCUAAGACCAAAGGAGUAG